AAAAAAAAAAAAAACGUAGUAAAAGAAAAAGGAAAAAUAACAAAUCGCAGAACCUGUCGAUGACCGCCGACUUAACUUGCACCGUCAACGCCAUAUCUAUUUUUUCCAGAUCAACGGCGUCGUAUCUCUCUCACUGUUCCUCUUCUUUCUAGUUAGGGUUUCUUCUCCUCUGUAAGGCGAGAAACGAACCUCACAAGUUAUACAUGCUUUUAGUUGUUGUAUCAUCUGCAGGAACAGAGCUACUCAAGACUGCAGAAUAAAUAACAGUGGCUCUACUUCUUUGCAUUUUGUGACGGUCGUAUAGAAGAGGAACAUUUUCAGAAUGAUAACUAACUGCAGUACUAGUGAUAUUUUGAAGUAGAAGGGUGAAGAAUUUGUACUAUUCUCUUGCUCAAUGACCGUAUUAUAUCAAACAACGAAGGUAGGACGUCCGUUGAUGAAUCUUGUCAAAUUCAAAGGAGUGUCCAUUUUGGAGCAACUUCAUUUGGAGGAAAAGCUACUCCGUACCUCUUCAGAUAAUUGGUGCAUUGUAAAUGAUGGAACAAAUGCCCCUGCCAUAGUCAUGGGACUGUCUGGGAAGCCUUCUGAACUUCUUGAAAUUGGACCUGUGUUGCGAGAUCAUGUUCCUGUUAUCAAAAGGUUUACUGGGGGUGGCACUGUUAUUGUUGACGGUGGCACUAUAUUUGUCACUCUCAUAUGCAACAAGGAUGAUGUUCCUGGAGUGCAACCAUAUCCUCCUUCCAUCAUGUCUUGGAGUGGUCUGUUGUAUAAUGAAGUGUUUCAAGGGAUUGGUGAUUUCCAACUUCGAGAGAAUGAUUAUGUGUUCGGUGAUCACAAGUUUGGUGGAAAUGCUCAAUCUAUAAUAAAAAGUCGGUGGGUGCACCACACUUCCUUUUUAUGGGAUUAUGACGUUAAGAACAUGGCUUACUUGAGGCUACCUGCUCUGGCUCCCAAGUACAGAUCUGCAAGAAAUCACAAUGAAUUUCUCAAUUACUUAGCUGGUAAAUCCAUGAAUUCCUCUGUGAUGGGAGUAUUUGCCAAGGAUCAGUUUUCAUUGAGAGAACCUAAAGGCCUCGAAACCCAUUUCUCAGUGAAACCAAAAAACUCAGAUGCAGCUUUCGGUACUAAUACGGAAGAUUUGGUUCAUACCACUAGGCUUCUUAUGAAGCAGGAACUCGAGGAUGCUCAGGAACUACUGCCCGGCGAGCAAGCUCAGAGGUGGUUAGUCUUUGGCACAAAAAGAAAUUUUAAUUCGGGGUUGCAGAAUGGACAUAUGCCAGGUAUAUGCCAACUGCCAAGUGUAAGCCUCUAA